AUGGCCGACAACCAGACCCCUGAAGCACCCAGCCAACGUGGUGGACGUCGCCGCGGCCGCGGAGGGGCAGGCCCCUCUGGCCGUGUGGACUCUCAGAACAAUGCCGACGGUGAAAAGCGUUCCAAGCCUCGUACACGAGGCAGUGGUCGGGGUGGCGGAGACUCCGGCCGCCAGAACCGCAAGAAUGAGCAGACCAGCGAUAAAGACACGCAGCCCAAACCUACGGUGACGUCGGCGACAAAGAAACCAGUGGAAGCUGCCACCGAUGACGCAGAUGAUGGUGAGGUCUGCUUCAUUUGCGCCUCACCUGUCGAACAUACCUCGGUUUCCCCCUGCAACCACAGGACGUGUCAUAUUUGUGCGCUUCGACUGCGCGCACUCUACAAGAACAAGGCUUGUGCUCAUUGUCGGACGGAAUCGAACUUUGUUAUAUUCACGGAUGACCCUGCACGGCGAUAUGAAGAGUUCCAGAAGAAGGACUUCGCUCGGACGGACGAGAACCUGGGGAUCGAAUACGAGAACGAUGAGAUCUUCGGAGACACGGUGCUUUUGCUCCGAUACAACUGCCCAGAUGAGGACUGCGAUGUGGCUUGCUUGGGGUGGCCAGAUCUACACCGCCAUGUCAAGACGAAACACAACAAGAUGAUGUGUGAUCUAUGCACUCGCAACAAAAAGGUCUUUACACACGAGCAUGAGCUCUUUACUGCAGCGCAGUUGCGCAAGCACGAGAAGUCGGGCGACGACAAACCUGGAGCCAUUGACCAAAGUGGUUUCCGAGGUCACCCCGAGUGUGGUUUCUGUCGUCAGAGAUUCUACGGUGACGAUGAGCUCUACGCCCACUGCCGUGAUAAGCACGAACGCUGCCACAUUUGUGACCGUCGCUCCUCCCACCGCCAGCAACAGUACUAUAUCGAUUACAAUGCCCUUGAGAACCAUUUCUCAAAGGACCAUUUUGUUUGCCUUGACAAAGAAUGCUUGGAGAAAAAGUUCGUCGUUUUCGAAUCUCAAAUGGACCUGAAAGCCCACCAAAUUGAAGCCCACCCGGACGGCCUAUCGAAGGAUAUCCGCCGGGACGCUCGAAUGGUUGAUUUGGCCGAGUUUGACAACAUGCGCACGCCAUUCCAACAGCCGCGCCAGCGACGGGGAGCUGGCCGAGGCCGCGACCCCAAUGCCGAGCCACUGCCACAGUCCAGUGCACAGCCAUUAACUAGGGCCGAACUUGCAUAUCAGCGUCAAAUGGCCAUCCAGAGCUCACAGUCUGUUUCAACACGAAACUUCGGUGGCCAGCUCACCCGCGAAGACGUUCAGCCCGUGCGUGCGCCUGAACGCUCCGCCGCUGGCACCCCCGUUCAGUCCCCUCCUAUGUCACGCCCCCAACCGCUUCCGACUGCAGCAUUCGAGAACCUCAACCUUGCUGCCAACUCUGGACCUUCCACUCCUCAGGACCAGGCCCGCCGAAUGCGCCAUGAAGCCGUGGUUCAACGCGCAUCCAACCUUCUUCGUAACGAUGCCACCAAGCUUGGCGAGUUCCGCAGCAGAGUAUCAAGCUUCCGCACCUCGUCAAUCUCAGCAACCGAGCUCAUCGAUGCCUUCUUCUCAUUGUUCGACACCUCCAGUACGGAACUCGGCAAGCUCGUCAAGGAACUCGCCGAUAUCUACGAAGAAGAAUCAAAGCGCUCCGAACUUUUACGUGCCUGGAACGAUUGGCGCGCCAUCAACGAAGACUACCCGGCACUCCCAGGUCCCGGUGGCCUCCUUCCAGGCGUAUCUCCCAGCACCAUCAACACCGGUGGCAGCCGUGUUCUUCGCCUGAAGUCAUCAACUGCGCGAUCCUCGCGCUCUGCCGUCGGCAAAAGUGGCUCUCUCCCAACUGCACCAUCCAACCCCUUCCCUCCCCUCUCUGCCGCAGCUGGUUCUUCGCGCCGUGGUAAAGCUGCCGCCGCGACACCCUGGGCUGCAGCGCCCCCACCUCCUCCCGUGGCCCGUCCCGUGGCCCGUCCCACUAUGCCAACCCCCACCAGUUCCUACUCAGCGCCAUCCUCCAGCCGGACUCCUGCUGCUCCAGCUCCCAGAAGUGCCGAGGCUUUCCCGUCUCUUCCUGCCGCGCCUAAGCCCAAUGUUCUGAUGGCUGGUAAGACGCGUGGCACUGUUCGCUGGAACACGAAUCUUGGCCCCGCCCAGAACGCUUGGGACUCAAACCCUAGCUCAGGCACUGCCUCUCCUGCUGAGCCUAAUUAUGACAAUGAAGGCAGUGCCGGCAAGAAGGGCAAGAAGAACAAGGGAAAGCAAACCCUGUUCCAUUUCGGUUGA